GACCCUCAAAACCGUAUCAGCAUAAGCAAUCCUUUCAGCUCUGAAUCAGUAGUAACGGCCAUGGCAAUGGCGACCUCUAUCUCCGCUAUCACCUCAUCCUUAUCUUCGCUAUCCUUUUCCUCCCAAGUAUCUCAGAAGCCCGGGCUUUCCACUUCUCUUCCGCCAAAGUCUAUCUCCUUGAAAUUUUCCGCCCCCAAAUUCCCCACCCUCAUCGUCGCCUCCUCCGCUGCCGUCGCUGAACCCGGCUUGGAGAAGCAGGAUUUGGAGAAACUGGUGAAAUCUAGGCUUCCUGGUGGGUUCGCCGCUCAGACUAUCAUCGGCACCGGCCGCAGGAAGAGCGCUAUUGCUAGGGUUGUUCUGCAGGAAGGCACCGGAAAAAUCAUCAUCAAUUAUCGCGACGCUCAGGAAUACCUUCAAGGCAACCCUUUGUGGCUGCAGUAUGUCAAGACUCCUCUGGUGACAUUAGGAUAUGAGAGUAGCUACGAUGUCUUUGUAAAGGCACAUGGUGGCGGCCUAUCUGGGCAGGCCCAAGCCAUAUGUCUUGGCGUUGCUCGGGCCUUGCUCAAGGUCAGCGACAGCCAUAGAUCGCCUCUGAAGCAGGAAGGCCUACUCACCCGGGACGCCAGAGUAGUUGAGAGGAAGAAGCCUGGGCUAAGGAAAGCUAGGAAGCGCCCACAGUUCUCAAAGCGUUAAGGUCAGGAACAUCUUGCACACUUGAUAUCCACUCUGUUUGUGAUAUUAUAGCACUAUAUGUGUGGAGAUAUUUUCACCUGCGUAAUAUUGUUUGAAGAAUAUUUGAGGGUUGGAAGCCAGAAAUCUUGGUGUAUAUCAGCUUUGUUCAUCCCUACACAAGCUUUUGUUUAGGUUGUUUUGUUUCAGUAUGCUCGAUUCGAGUUCUUGAUCAUCAUUUCUUGUUGUUCUUGAUGUGUAUCUUCAACUGUAUGAAAUGCAAGUUAUUUCGGUUGAAUAACAUUAAUUUUUAUUGUCA